AUGAGCGACUCCAACGACGGGGACCACGAUGGCUACUCGCUCAGGAAAAUGUUCUACGUCGAACUCGACCUCGAUACUGAGGUCAGGCAAUUCUUUUGGAGAACAGAAUCGAAAAAUUGUAUUCUCUUUGGUCACGAGCAAAGUCCAAAUCUCCUCAAAAAGAAAAAACUAGAGCUUUUUCUUGAGUUCUUCAAAAAGGUGUCAGAAGUUCCUCUGCAUUUCCUUUUUUUUUCUCUUAAUAGGGUCCUUUUUCCCAAACUUUCUUUUAAGGCCUUUCUGGACUUUUCCCGUGGUUUGGGUGUUGCUAGUCCAGAAAACAUUGAAUUUAUUUUUGAACCCACAAAAUUAUCAAAAAAGGCUCUCUUCCUAUCAUUUUUCAUUCGAUAAGCUUCUCCUUCCUCAUUUUUAAAAAAUCUAGAUUGUCUGGUUUAUCUCUCCAUACACCGGCAAGGUCACAAGAAUCGAAACAGCGCGUAAAAAAGAGAGAUCAACAGAUCGCAAGCCAAAAUCUAGUGAAAAUGGGAUAGAAAUUUUUGGAUUGGAAUUUUUUUUUCGAAACGGAAGAUAUUCAUAUAUGCAGCAAAAAAAAUUUCAAGAUGAAAGUUCAAUUUGAGUUAUUAUUAAUCCUCUCAAUUUUGACAAAUCAACGAACUCUGCACUCUUCUUUUCAUUUUUUUUUUUCGACAUUAUUCAAGGACUCGAUAUCUCCUCCAAAAGGCCUCUGUUUUCAGUUCCUUCUUCUUUUCUUUUUUUGUCAAAAUUUUCCAUCAAAACGAAGAGAAACUAUUAAAAUCUUUGUCAACCAUGGAAAUAAAAAGCGUCGUAAACAAUGAAAAAAAGCGAAAGAAAUUUUGCGAGACUUUUUUUCGUCGAACUCGGGUGUGACGUCAUUUUUUUCUUCUGUUUGAAUUUUUCCAAUAAGUUUUUUUAAACCUAAAUUUGUUUUUGGUUUGUUCAUUGACCUUUAUGACUUUUUGAAGAAGUUUCUUUUCCCAUCUCCGUCCAGCUUUUUCCUUCGUUUCUUGGACUUUUCUUGAACCCACUCUUAUCUGGGUUUUCGGCUGGAACAAGGGCAUCUGAAAGCUGAGACGAGCGGCUCCGGCGGGGAGAAUUUAUUAUUCGAAGAGCCUGGUUCUGGCACUCGGCCUCAACAUUCCAAUUCAUACUUAUACGGCUUUUCCCUCAAUCCGACUUCAAAAUGCGCGCGUUUUCAAAACAUCCUAAGCUUCGGAUGAAUUGUUAAUCAAACGUUUGAUUAAAAACUGUGGGUUUAGAAGUUCGUUUCUUGGGUACUUUUCAAAUUUUGAACUUCAGUUUCUUUUUUUUUUCUCAAUUUCUUGGUUCAAAAAUUGAUGCUGUGACUCCAAAUCUCAAAAAAAAAAAUUUUUCAUUCUAGGUCCUUCUGAAAAUCGUUUAGAGCUCUAAAUUUACUUUUUUCAACGUUUAGAUUACGAAACUUACUACCUUUCAAGAUUUUUCCUAGUUUCGAAUUUUGAAAAGGUUGUGGACGGAACCAACUCUCAUUCGAAUCCACUUUCUAAAUUUUAGUUCGAAAGUUCAUCCGCGACGCUUCCACCCAGACAGGCGUCGCGACCCAUAACCGAAUCUCGAAUGCUCAAAUUUCCCGCCAAAUGCAAACAAUGCAUCCAAUUUGUUGAACCCCCACUCGAUACUUUCUCCCAUGAGUGUGAGAAUGAGAAAAAAAGUUCUGUUUUACUCAUUUCCGUGUUUUGAUGAGAAGAAAAAGCUCAAACCAGCCCAGACAUUAUGAAAUUCCUACGCUAGUGAUUGGAUUUGCGCAAAAGAGUCAAAGGAAAACUUUUCCGAGCAUUACUUCAGCGGUAGUAUUUCUUGAAUAGUUCUUUCUUCAUUUCGUAUAUUUUCGUAUAAGUCUUUCACUUUUUUCGCGACUUGAAAGUGGCGAAAACCUUUGGUUGCUUACUUUUGCUGAAACUGUGUUGAAGUGUACUUUAGGAACUUUUUAUUCCAGAACGAAGAAAAAAAUUUUCGCAAUAGGUCUUUUGUUCGAGUUAUGAAGCUUCGAAGUUCGCAAAAUACGGAACUUAUUUCAAAAAAGCGCUAUUUCAAGCUUUUGAAGCGUGUUAACCGACCUGAUUCGAGACAUUUUCAACUUGUUCUGCAGUCAGGGGGUCUUAAAGUACACUUCAUCAAAAGGAAACGCUCCCUGGUUAGUGUCCCACGACUUGAAACAAUGUUUUCAUCAGUUUGAAUAGUUUUCUGAGCUUCCAGUGUUUAGAUAAGAAUUAUGUUUGGUUUUGAAAGGGAAAAUAUCGAAGAAUGUUAAACUGGCCUGUUCUAAAGUCCUUCUUGGAAUUUUCCAAAGACGUAGACGAUUUUUAGUGAGGUCUAGAAGGUAAGAGCCGCUUCCAAUCUAAUUUUAGGCCAUGCAAGGAUUCCAGAACAGACCAUAUAAUUAUCAUUCUACUAGCUCUCCGCCUACGUCACAAGAGUGCAUAUAUUAUAAAAGAGUGUGGGCCAUUAAAGAGGGAGCACGAGAGAUAAAGCUUAACCGGCCGAGGCUCAGAAAUAAUCCCAAACGAGCGUCUUCUCGCGUUGCAUUUCCGCAGAGAUUGUUUUCCACGGCGGCGCGUGUCCUGAUUGAAGCUCUUUCGAAGCGAAUCUCCAUUGAUUCCUCCACCCAACCCCCACGGCUCCAGACGUCUUCUGGUUCCCCGUUUCCUCUCUGUUUCAAGGUUUCGCGACGCCUUCCUCCAGAAGAUGCACAACCAGCAGCCCGCCGUCGCUUCGGCCAGAAACAAGGUGAGAUUCGGUUCAGAAGUCCCUUCAAAGGUUUUUCUUCUCCUUCAUUAUUUUCUUCUGUAUCUUCUAGUGUCUUUUUCUGUUGAAUCUUUAUACCUUACAUUUUCUGGAAGAGAUUCACGAAAAGAUUUGCUCGGACUUUUCAGGAUAUUUAGUGAUUCGGUUCAAUUUUAUUGGAAGAGUUGCUAAGAAUUAGAAUUUGACGGAUUUCUGAUCUCCUUCUCCACAUUCUUCUGCAUUCCUUACUUUUCUUCUGAUUCAAACGCCAUUUUUCGAACUUUAACUUCACCAAGGGAAUGAAAAAAACUCCAGUUUAUGAAAUUUUCAAAUUUCAUCGGAUUCUCUUCGAUGGAACAAGAAAGCUGGACACUAACUUUUGUAAAGAACCUACCUUGAAAUUUCCAAAAUAAAUGAACUACAAUAUAAGUUCAGUUUAUAGUGGAUAUUUUACUUUCAAUUUUCUCAAAGUCGGAUGAAGUCAUGUCCAACUAUUUUUGCUAUUUUUCUCCUUUCUUCAUCUCCUCUUACAAUUCAAAAAACCAAAUUCCAGAAGUCUCUUUCGAAAGACUUUCCACAUUUCCUUUUAUUCGUUUCACAAACCUCUCCGGGCUCUCAUCGAAAUUUGAUUGCCCGAGGCCCUUUUCCCGACGAUACAGUAGUUCAAGAUAUUAUUGAUGGAACACGUGGGCGAAGAAACAAAAAAAAAAGAGCGAUGGGAAAAUUUCGUGUUGAAAUUUUUAUAUCGUGUUUAUACGACAGCAAAAAAGAGGAAAUAUAAUGGGGCAGAGAUUUUUUCGUUCUUCGUGAAACCAUUCGUUGCCGUCGAUUUCUUGUCGACCGCUCCUCAUGCAGAAGCUGAAGAAAUCCAAAGGCAAGGCCCACAAGGACGACCCCAAGUGCAAAUGCAAGCAUUGCGCUUCUGUGAGUUCAAUUCUACUUGAUUCUCUCUUCAAUUAAUGUCAGGAUGAGUAACAGUUGUUAAAAAUUGCAGAUUUUCUUGAGUUUCUAUAGACCUCCUCACAUUGAAAAACGUUUGCCUUUUCUCAGUAUUCCGGUACCCAAAAUGAAUAAGAACCUUCGCCUGAUAAGCAUUAGAAGAUUCAAGGAAUAUCGUUUUAAAAAGGAUGAUUCUCUUUUAUUUUCAUACUCUUUAACUAACCAUGAGUUUGCACGCGCCCGACCUGUAACGACUCCUGUCCAGCGUCAUAGGGAAAAUUAAAACAAGUUGCGAAAAUCCACGAUUGGAUCGAUUUCAACUUUCAGCCAUUCAAAGUGCGACCACGCGGUGAAGGAAUUGUAUAAUUUCUGUGAUUUUAAGUGUAAGCGAUUUUUCGGAAAAGCUAAGAAAAGCGGUAAAUUGAAUGUAAAAUUGGAUAAAAUCUAUUUUUUGAACAACUUUUUGAAAAUGUCAAGUCAUUUUUUUGUGUGAAAUUAUUGAAACACAUUGAGGAGGAUAAAAACUUUUAAGGUUAUCAAAAAUCUUUUUGGUGACAUUUUUCAUACUUUCCUUCGAGAUUCAAAAAAUCAUCGAGUUUGAAUAUAAAGAAACUUUUGCUACUGCGAAAGUACGUAGCUUUGAAAAUGAAAAUCAAUUUUCUGACAGAUUUUUAGAAUUUUUCUUGUUGAUUUCUUAUGCAUAACUGCUAGCAGGAGCAAUUUAAUAUUAGUUUCCCUAGUCUGCCUACAAAACCUAACUGAUGUUCAACUAUACUGACGAAUACAACGUCUUCAAAGUCAACAGCCGGAAGACGUCGACGACGAGGAUGAAGGAAAAAAUCGGAAAAGUCCCUGAGAAGAGGCCGUUAACCUGGCCGAUUGAGCCCCGCGGAAGUCUCCCGUCGGCCUAUCGAUUCGGCGGCAGGCCUGGCUCUGCCCAAUUCGACGACGAUUUUGGGCGCCGAAGAGAAGAGGAGAAGCUUCGCACCGCCCGUCUUCUUCUUCCUUUUUUUGUCCGUCGUUUUCUGCUUUUCGCCUCGCCAUUAUUCCCAGUCUCCUCUAGUACUUCACUUGUAUUAGUCGACUGGCCCUUCUCCUUGUUGAAUUUUUCAUUUCCGUCUCCUUUUUUUUGGUUUCGAAACGGAUGAGCUUUGGCUAAGAGUGGCUUUUUUCAACAAGCCUGAUCGUUUUAUUUUUUUCCUGUGGAUUUUUUUUUUCAAAACCAAAUUUCAACUUGAGAGAAAGACUUCUGGAAAUAGAGUUUUUUCUAAGAAAAUAAGGUUUCAAUUAAUAAAAAAAUAUCCCCCUCUGCAAUCAUUAACAUCAUAAAAAUGCCGUAGAAGGAAUUUUUUGCCUUUUCAUACUGUUUUCCUUUCAAGAGUUUGAAUAAUUUAGGUCUAGACUUGGAGAGGAAUUUUCAUUUUCCACACUUAUCAGCCGAAUGCAGUGUUUACCUUAUUAUUAUAGUCGUCAAAAGUGUUAUCACCCCGUUUCCCGCUGUUUUCACACCGAAUUCCAUUUCCGAGGAAAGAAAUCUCGUGUUGCAGCAGUGAAAAAAGAAUCGAUUGCUCCGAAAUCGCAAUUUCCCGUGUGAAUUUUUUUCGAAAAAAGAAUUUAUCACUUUUUAUCCUUUCCUAUUCGAUGAUUGGAUUGAAAAGAUUGCGAAUUGAAAAAAAUAGAAUUAAAAAUGUUCAUUUUCAUUGUUUUCCUUACAGAUGGCAGCACCGGCCGGAGCCCCUGCCGCGGGACAACCCGACCAGAAUUUCGACUAUAUGUUCAAGGUAUUUCGAAUUCCAUGAUUUUACAAUAAUUAUAAAGUUAGGAAUAUGUUUGGUGGAGCAGACUGAAAUUUGAAAAAAAAAUUGACCAAAACACCGAAAGAAUAAUUUCGUCCAUUUUGAAUUAUUUUAUCUGAGAAGUUCCCUGUUUUGACCAAGAACAGCCCUAUUUUUCUUAUGCAUAAGAGUGUUAUGAAGGCUUCUGUUGAUGAAUUAAUUAUUUUUGCUGGUUCGACAUAAUUCAAUUAUUCCGCUUGCAAAGUUCUUUCAAUUCCAAUUAGAAUCACUUUCUCGCAUUUCAAGUCAAAAAUUUUGAAGGAUUUUUUCUUUCCUUAUUUUAUCGAUCGAGUUAUCAAUUGAUGACAACCUGCUUUUAUUUUUUUUAAGUUGAGAACAUCUUAGUUUUUUUUUAAAUCAAAAGGUAAAUGCCAGCUGAUAAUUCUUAUCACAAUGAUAUUUUUUUAAGUGAUGCAGAAAUUUGGAAAUUUUCUGAAAAUUUAAUUAUUUAUUUUCAAGCCUAACCUUAGUUUUUAUUAACGUAUUUCAUCACGUCUGUUCUCAAAAUUCAAUCAAUCUUUGCAAUUGAAGCAUGCUCCCAGCUGCUUUUUAAUGUAGGCCCCAUAAAGACCCCUUCGAGUAGGUUUCAAUCGACGGCGCGUACGUGUGCCAGACGUCAAGUCCGUCUUCAUAGUGAUUUUCUCGUCAGACCUCUCCGUGCGUUUCUUGGAGCUCUCGGCGGAGCCAACUCUCUUCGCGCACCCCUUCUUUUCACUGAGCACACUUCGAUUCAAGUUAUUGGAAAAAAAGAAUAGAGGGUCCAAAGAAAUGCGCGGCCAGCCGGAAAAAUUUCUCUGAAAGGACAAAGCAAUUUUAAAGGACAUGGGAGUUUUAUAGAAAGUUAGAAACUUUUCAAUCAAUUAAUGCGGGAUAGAUUCUCACAGUUUUUCGCUUGAGUAUUAAAAUUACAUUUUAAAAAGAAAGGGGAAAAUUACUUCAGAUCAAUUUUAAUUUAUAAAUUAAAAAAAAGUCUGCAAGCACAAAAUGAUGCACUUACUACGAAACUGAAGUGGUGCUUCACAUUGAAUGUUGAACUUUUUAAUUUUUUUGUUUAAGCUAAUUUCUCCUUUUUUUCAUAAUCUGGUCGAAGGGGAAUGGUUUUUUUACGUCUAUUACAAAUUCAUGCGGUUUUUCCCAUUUUUUUGGCUGAUCAAAAAAAUUUGAAAGCCUAAAAUUAACUUAAUUUUUUUAAAACGGCCGCUGAUUUGCAAGCAAAUAAAAUUCUUAAAAAAAGAAAAUUACUUUUUUUAUUAAAAAAAUUUAUAGAAAAAGUUUACUUUUUUUCACUUCUUGCUCGGCGAUUCAGAUUCAAGGUCCCUCUCUAGGGCUGCAGAGUAAACUUGGGUGAACUCUUCAAUAAAUCGUCAUUUUUUCUUAAAUUUUUUUUAACUUGGCUUCUAUAAAUUUUCAUUAAAGCUGUUGUUUUUCAGCUUCUGAUCAUCGGCAACUCCUCAGUGGGGAAGACGUCUUUUUUGUUCCGCUACUGUGACGACUCCUUCACGUCGGCGUUCGUCUCCACAGUCGGCAUUGACUUCAAAGUGAAGACCGUCUUCCGGGGCGACAAACGCGUCAAACUUCAAAUAUGGGUAUGAGAGUUGAAAUUAUCACUUUUUAAUUUUCUGAAAAGACUCCUCAGCCUUUGACGAGCUAUUACUGCCUUAAUUAAAACCUAGAGAAACAGCUUAAAAACUCUGCUCUCCUAAGACUUAAGUGUCAAUAGAAGUUUUUUCGUUGAUAGCUGAAAAACUAAUUAUUUUGAUCAAAAAGGAUCGUGUAAACGUUGAGUUUUCCAGGACACAGCCGGUCAGGAACGCUACCGGACCAUCACGACGGCCUACUACAGAGGAGCCAUGGGCUUCAUUUUGAUGUACGACAUCACCAACGAGGAAUCUUUCAAUAGUGUUCAGGACUGGUCAGUUUUUUUGUAUCACGAUUAUGUUUCAAGUCCGAAAAGCCUUAUGGAGACUGCAAAAAGAAAAAAAAAAGAUUAUUUGCAAACUUCUGAAAAGUGGGAAAAUGUUCUUUGAACUAUUUUUCUCAUUUUUUUACAGGAUUUUUUCUUUUGCCAAACUUUUCUUUUCCCAAAAUUUUCGUUCCCAAACUACUUAGCCUUACUCUUUUUUUAACUCCUACUGGCCAUCCUUCAAAGUACAUUAGUUUUGUGAAAAUAAAUAAAAGGACUUUAAGACUUUUAAUAGAAGCUCCAGUCUUUUUUUGAGAAAAUUUGGAAUCAUAUAAAAAUCAAUAAUUUUUCUUCGAGACUCUUUUAUUGAUAAUUUUUCUUUUUUUGACGUUUCUAUGCCUUCGUCAUGCCUAGUAAGUAUCGGCUGCAAGAAUAUCAUCAAUAUCUAUGGGAAUUUUUUUCUCUAGUUCAGAAAAAAAGGUUAAUAAAAUGACCUUUUUUUCACCCAUUUAUUAAUUUAAGAAAGCAUAAAAGUUCAAUUUUUCAUGGCAUUCUUUGAUCAUUCCUAACGGGAAAAUAAAAAGCCAAAAGUUUUUUUAUCUUAAUACUAUCAUUCUCAUUCCAGGUGCACGCAAAUCAAGACUUACUCUUGGGAAAACGCGCAGGUCGUUCUUGUGGGAAACAAAUGCGACAUGGACGCCGAAAGGGUCGUCUCCGUCGAACGGGGCCGUCAACUUGCUGACCAACUUAGUGAGUCUUAUUUUCUCCUUUUCCGUACUUUCCACGAAAUAGCCUAUUCUGAAUGCUUUGAAAAGAUUUCUAGGAACUCAUUUCAGAUCCCUUCUUUUUAAUUUUCGAGAAAAGAAUUGAAAGUUAUGAAAAUAAAAGAAAAUCGUUACGAGACUAUUUUUUAUCCUUUCUUCCACCAAGCACGAAAAAUCCUUCUAAUUUUUUCAGGCCUAGAAUUUUUUGAAACGUCCGCCAAGGAGAACAUCAACGUGAAAGCAGUUUUCGAGAAGCUCGUCGAGAUUAUUUGCGACAAAAUGGCCGAAAGCCUCGAUAAGGUUUCUUUUAUUUUCUUUCUUCUUUUUAUUUUUUUGUAUUUUUCAAGGAAAUUUUCAUGAUUCUUAGAAUUUUAAAUUUCGAAUAAAAUGAUUGAGAAAUUGUUUUUUGAAGCUCUCAGUAAACGUUCUUGGCGCUCUUCUCAAUCGAAAAUUCUUGAAAAACUCGAAAAAGCUCUGACACAUCAGUUAUUCAUGAUGUUUAGUCUGCAUCCAACGACUAAAAAUUCUAACUUUUAUUCGAUUUUUCUCAUAAAAUCGAAGAAUUUUUAUUAACCAGGCCUUUUUAAAGUUUUCAAUAAUCAAUAUUGAAGUCAGAGAGAAGCAUUUAUUAAAUUUUUUUAACUCGAUUUUUAACCAUUUCCUUUCUCCAAGCUAGCUUUUUUUCAAGUAGCGGUUCAACGAAUUCCAAAAACUUUUGAACAAGUUUUUUUAUCUGUUUUUUUGUAAUUUGAGACUUUCUCUUUUUGAGGUGGAUCGUCAUAGUUGAUGAAAAAAAAAAAAAAAAGGUUGUGAGAAAAUAUUGAGGUCCCUUAGGACGGCUGGCUAUGUGAAUAAAAAGGACUAUAUUUGAAGAACUAGGAAAAUAUUUGAUUUUUCGGAAAGUUGACUUUUUUUAAAAUUGGGAAGCUAACAGCAGUUCUUUAAGAAUAUGUAAGAAACUAUCGAAAUAAACUAUUGGAUGAAAAAAAAGUUUUUAUAAAACUAGACUUGCAAGGCCACCUUUUCGCGACUUUCGUAAUCUUGCAAAAAGGCGAAAUGGGGAAAAGCUAUCAGGAAAAGCUCAAAAUGUUCAGGAUCCGCAACAGCAGCCGAAAGGCCAGCGACUCGACGCCAACACGACGCAGAAGCCGGCGACGCAGCAGUGCAACUGUUAG